AUGGUCCGUUGCUGCAGAUUGGCAACUGUGCUGACGUACUGCUGCCCAUGUCUACCCGAACUCCUGAGCCCCCGUGAUGUCUCCAUCAUCGGCCUGGCCGUGUUGGUGAUGAGCGCUGCGCUGCUUCUUGGCAUUGCAAGUCGCCAGCGCGGCGAGGAAGCGCUGCUGGCCUGGUCUCAGGAGCCCUGGCAGAAAGCGCGCUGCUCGGUGCAUCAGGUGGGGAUCGCCUACUCCGGCGACUGCAAUUUGCCUCGUGACGAGGAGGAGGCCUAUGACUAUGGCGCUUGGCCACCAGUCAAGAAGAGUUCAAUAGAAGCCCCCCGCCACCACUACACCAAGUGCCCGCAGGCGGGCUGGACCUGUGCGGCUGAGGGCAAAGCUCCCGAAGCCGAGAAUGCCUCCACCGUUUCGAGAGACACCCUGGGACCCAUCAUGCCAAGGUACAACUUGGUGGUUUGCAGGAACAGUUUCCUGCCCUGGGCCAUGGUCCGCAUCCAGACAGAGAGUCUGCAAAGCAAUGUCUCGCAGCAGGUGUUCUGUGGCUACCAGGCCGGCCUGCCGCAGUGGUCCCACACCGAGACUCUAGCAACAGCGCAGAAAUUCCUUGACAGCUUUCCACCACGAGAAGGAAGCUGCACUUGCUGGGUGCUUGCGCUUCACGGAAGCGGAUGUCAUGCAGUUUCGCUGCAGAGGCCCUCUCUUUGGGGCUCCCGAGCUGCCAGACAGGGCACGGCCGCCAGGCUGAGCCGAACCAGAUUGCUAGUGGCUGGGUUCCUGGUGGCAUUGCUUGCCGGGGCUCUAUGUUUGGCCGAAUGCUGUGCAGUGAUGACGCCGGAUGCACCGACGACGGAGGACGCCGUCUCGGUGGAAGAGGAGUUGCCCUCGGAGACUUUAUCAGAGCGGGUGCGCCGCGUUCAGCAGCAAUGGAGCCUCUUCCGCGCAUCCUUAGUGCGGGAGUAUGAGCCUCUGGGCUCGGCAAGGGAGGUGGUGUACAACCGUCCGUGA